AUAAAAAAGGCAUCGAUCUUGCGGUUCGACAUGCUGAGAAAGCAAAGUCAGUCGCGAAAGGGAUAUACCAUGGUUCCAAAAGACGACACCCACAUCGACGCCCGCAACGCUCCCACGGGGGAUGGAAGCGUGAGCGAAACUCUGCAUGACGGACAGAAUGGGCGGGCAUCGUCAGCAACAUCUAUCAACAAGAGCAUUUUCCGUCGUGACCGAUACGCCGGAGCCCUACUCUUCAACCUCGCCGCCUUCGUCCUCCCCGCUCUAUACACCACCCUCUCCAAACUCUGGGUCGCAAACAUCGACUCCUCCUUCGUCGUUCUCACAGACGCAAAUACGUACAUGUCCGUUGUUGUUGAAGUCAUUAACGAAGGUCUCCCCCGCGCAGCAUGGCUCAUCAUCGGCGACAAAACCCGCUCAAAAUCUUCCCGCAUCCGCCUCACCUACACCCUCGUCGCUUUCCAGGCCGUCCUAGGCGUGCUCCUUAGUCUGGUGUUUCUGGGAGCGGCCGAGCGUUUCGCAGCGAGCUUUGUGCCUGUGGAAGUCCGUGGCAUGUCGGUGAGUUAUGUGCGCAUCACAGCGUUUACAACGUUUGCGUCUGCGGUCGAAACCGCCAUCGCGUCUUGUACGCGGGCGCUGGAUCAUCCCGAUGUCCCGCUCGUCAUCAGCUCGGUCAAGUUCCUCGUCAACAUCGUUCUGGACCUGCUCAUCAUCUCGACGUUCCGCGUUGGCUCGCACAUCCCCAGCGUCAACGACCAAGCGCGCAUCCAGCUCGGCGUCAGCCUAGCCGCGUCCUUUGUCGGCGCCGCAUACUUCCUCCACCUCUCCCUAUCCAUCUUGCGGAGCUGCAACACCGCCAUCGCCUCUAUUCGCCCCAGUCUCCAUGCGCUUGGGAUCCUCGCCCGCCCUGGAGCCAUGACGUUCGCCGAAUCAGCCGUGCGCAACGCGCUGUACCUGUGGCUCGUAACCUCCAUCGUAGCCAUGGGGAACGAGUACGCGACCGCCUGGGGCAUCUUCAGCACGAUCCGCUGGGGCCUCGUCAUGGUUCCGGUGCAAGCGCUCGAGCAAACGACUCUAGCCUUCGUCGGCCACGAAUGGGGGCAGUGGAGGAAAACAAUUGGCGUUGCUACCCGCCAUCAUCCUAGAAUGGAGCACCGCCAUCUCUUCCGCAUCGCUCGCCCCGCGCUCAUAUCGUGCGCUAUCGCGCUCGCCGUCGAGAUCCCCUUGUGCAUCGUCUUUUCUGUUGUUGGCGUAGCCCCGUAUGCCCUCUGGCUCGCGCGCUCCGACUCCGUUGCCGCCAUCACCACCCACAUGUGGCGCACCAUCGACUGGUGCUACAUCUUGUACGCGCUCAGCACGCAGCUCGCUGCCGUCCUCCUCGCCACUCGCCCGAAAUGGUAUCUGUAUCAGUCGUUGGUGUCGAAUUUCUUGUACGUGCUUCCUUGGGCGGUGGUGUGCCAGGUUGUGGAGCUGAACAAGGAGGAUGCGUGGACGUUUCAUGGGUUGGUGUUUGGCGGCAGCUUGGUGUUUAGCUUUGUCGAUGUUGUGGUUGUUGGGGGGGUUUGGGCGUGGGGUUUGGUUGGCGGGAGGGCCGUGUUGGAGAGGUGGGUUGAGGUCGAGGAGGAUGGUGCGGAGCUGAUGGUGUCGUGA